AUGGAGUUUGAGUGUGUAAGUGAUGAGAUACGUUAUGUUCUUGAGGUGUUCGUGCGACGUAGCUUAGGCUCGACUAGUGCCACACGAACACCGUCAACAAGACUUGCGUCAACUGCAAGUUCAUCCUCUGAAACGAACUCGCUCUCUCAUCGUUCUUCAUUAAGAGCAAAUCAGAAAAGAUCAACAGAUUUGGAAGUAUCGUUGGAUGAUAACAAUGCGAAGUGUUGUAUUGAAAAUUAUGAAUAUUUUCAAGCAGUUAUUCAUGACACCCCUCCAAUGAAUCCAUCAAAUCCUCUUAAAAACGGUUCUUCGAUUGGUGAUUGUCGAGUAAGCAAACCACCGAGUUCAACUGAUGAAAAGAGAAUGAAGCCAACGGAAAGCACAACUCACAAACAACUAUCGAAAACGAAUCAUACCAACAGCACACUGUCGAAUAAUCAUGCUCAAACUAAUGGGUACAUCCCAAAUAUGCCACGCAGAAAUGGUUUUCGUGGUUUACCGAAUACAAGCUACACCGAUCAGCAAGUCAAUAAUGGUUUGAGUGAUGGAGAAAAGCUUUUCGAUAGCCAGAUACUACCGAUAAUGGUACGUGCUGAGCGAGUUAAUCAGCAUUCGAAUGACGAAAAAUUUUUUAAUCUUAAUAGGAAGAAAGCGUAUAGUAACAGUGAUGAAACGUCAAUCGGUAUUGAUAAUUUCAUGAAGACUAAGGAUGAUGAGCAAACACGAUCAGCAUCAUUCCUGCACAGCAUUGCCUCUCAGUGUACGUCUUCAUCCAACGAGCAUUCUUCUACGAGACACAAUGAAACUGAUCGUCGCAAUGCAAUAAACUCAGCAGAAGGCUCUCUCCAUAAUUAUGAGAAUGUCGAUGUUGAAUUAAAAUUGCCAAAUGAGUUAAGCAUUUCCACUGGACAUUAA